AUGUGCACAGCGGACAAAGGAGCAGGUAGCAGAAGAAUGCAACGCGGACACUUCAGGUCACAUGCAGACAGUAUGCAGUUCCCCUGUCCCAGCUCCUCUGAGGCCUCCACUCACGAUGGGAGACAGAGGCGCUCCAGAGCAGCUUUCAGCCACCUCCAGGUGAUGGAGCUGGAAAAGAAGUUUAACCAACAAAAGUACCUGUCUGCCCCCGAAAGGGCUCACUUAGCCAGUGCUCUGAGACUGACUGAGACCCAGGUGAAAAUCUGGUUUCAGAACCGCAGGUAUAAGACCAAACGCAAGCAGCAAACAGAGAUUUCAAAAGAAAUGAGUAAAGUGGACGAGAUGAUUCUAAGGGAUGAUUUUCUAAGAUCAACAUUGGUCACAUCUUUCCACAAAGCCUAUCACUGCCGUCCAUACUUUUGGGACUAUGGUGCUCCAUGGGGCUUAACAUGA